UGAUCACCGUUUUAAGUCCGGUUUUGCACACGACGGAAGUUAAAUUCUUAUCAUGUGACUCAAACAAUCCAUAUCUCGGAAAACAGCGCCACGUUUUGAAGACAAUUAUGGAUUUAGAAGUACCUGGAGGGGUGUUCUCGCACAACUUGUUUCAUGUUUCUUGAGAAAAACUACAACGCUUACUUGACAAAAAUGAGAACUUUCUGCAAGUUCAUCCAGCGACAAGCCUACACGAUCCUCUCUUAUAAAUAUGGUACAACGUUGUUCUUCUUCGGCUUCGUCUUAAUCAUCAUAUCAGCUUUCCAUUUCGGAGAGACUGUGAUGCAAUGGAGCCAGAAGCAGUACAUUACUAUGUUUAGUUCAUUCACAGACAAUGUUGCCGGUCAUUCAUUUAAACACAGGUUGUGUUCACCAAUGCCCAUAGAUGUUGUCUACACCUGGGUAAACGGAUCUGAUCCUGAACUGAUUUCAAAAUUGCAACGUGUCAAAAUAAUGCUUCAGACUCAGUUAAAUGAAUCAAGGGUUGACACCUGCAUAUUCAGUGACUGUGUACCAGCAGACCUCAUUGUCAUCGAUCCUCAGUUUCCAAGUUCCCUGCCUUUGGAAGAUCUACGUCAGAAGUAUUCUCUGUUUAAUGAAGCCACUGAUGUCACCACGAUGAACAAUACUGACAACAGCCGCAUGGUGACAGUUGUGUCAUAUGAUAAUGAGGCUGCAGUAAGCAGAGCCCUAAAGAACAAGAAUUCCAUUUCCUGGAAGAAUAAUUCUGUGAAUAAAGUUUAUUAUACAUCUGAUUGGACAUUACCACAGGGGGUAUUACUAAAGGAUGUAAUCAUUAUGUCUGGUAUUCCUUUCAAACAUGGUAUGAAGAAUGUGAAGAACUUUUUUCCAAGCGUUUAUCAAGAUGUAUUUUCAAAGGUUGUUUCUUUUGAAGACAAAGGAGUUGCUGUGUUACAUGUUAAAACCAAAGCUGUCUUUGAAGAAGUAUUACAGCUUAACUUGACUAUCAGCGAGAAAAUAAUAUCUUUUGCUGCUGCCAGUAUUGUUUGGGAUCUCAAUGAUUAUUCUCGCACAGAAGAUUUUUCCCCAAGCCGUUUUGAAGAUAAUGAGGAACUACGAUAUUCAUUGAGAUCGAUUGAAAAGUUUGCACCAUGGGUUCGGAAUGUCUUUAUUGUUACUAAUGGUCAGAUACCAUCUUGGUUAAAUUUGGACAACCCACGACUACAUAUGGUUACUCAUGAGGAUAUCUUUUUGAAUAAAAGUUACCUUCCUACUUUUUCCUCUCCUGCAAUAGAAGCCAAUUUACACCGUAUUCCAGGAAUUUCAGAUAAAUUUAUCUAUCUCAAUGAUGAUGUAAUGUUUGGCAAAGAAGUCUGGCCUGAUGAUUUUUAUUCUCAUUCAACUGGACAAAAGGUUUAUCUAACCUGGCCAACACCUAAUUGUGCUGAAAACUGUCCUGCAAUGUGGAUUAAAGAUGGCUACUGUGAUAAAAGCUGCAAUAAUUCCCGAUGUGAUUGGGAUGGAGGCGACUGUGAAGGUCAACAGAACCAGCCAUCACAUGGCCACUUGGCAAACCUCUGGCCUGGAGAAUUAGAUCUUCAAAAUAAUAUACAUGACAUGUACUGUAACACUGGAUGUGCUAACAGUUGGUUAGCUGACCGUUACUGUGAUCAAAGUUGUAAUGUAUACUCCUGUGGUUUUGAUAUUGGUGACUGUGGUCUUAAAAAUUACCAUGAAAUACACAAAAUUGAACUUUUGCCUGCUCAGAGAGUUUACCGUGUUCCUACAAGAAAAAACCUUGUGUACUUCAACCUAACAAAUGCAAUAAACCUGUUUGGAGAAGUAACAUCAGCUCAGAUGGACAAAGAGGAAUUGGUGAGAAAAGCAGCUAUUUCCCUGCACUUCAAAGUGAUGACAAUUAUCCUGUAUUUAAACCAUUCAGAAACAACUAUUUCUUGCAACAUAACAUUCCAUAAUAAAGUCCUUAAUGCUACCAAUAAGAUUUCUUUUAAUUUAAUUGUUAAUACAAAUCAAAGUAGUGCAUUGAAAGCUGAGUUAGAAAAACCUACUGCUACACAAGAGUCUAUCAAUGAAACGGAAUCUAUUAUUAUUAAGUUGAACCAAAUGCCUGAGUCUUUACUACAACCUAACCCAAAGAGAUCCUCUGUAGUUCUGGUUGAGAAAAUACCAAACAUUACUUAUGAUGCUUUACCUAAAGAUAUUAAGGAACAACUGGAUUUCCUGAAAAAGCGGCUUGAAGAAGGUGAACUUACUAAAAAAGGAUAUAAAAUUCACAAAUACUUGCUAUGGAAGAUUUGGCAAAACAGAAAUCAGUCAAUGCCUGACAUACAAAAUGAGAAAGAUGCCAAGCCACAUACAAACACAAAAAAGAUGGUUCUUGAUGCUAUACACAAUCGCUUAGUACGGAAAUCUUCAACAAGCCUGCUGUUUAACACACCCAGAUCAAAUGAAGUGCAACAGAAUGAUAAACAUGAGCCAAUAUUACACAAAUCAAGAAAUCUGAUGUCUGCAUUUCAAUUCUCUUUCAAACCUGGUGUCUUUCCAUGGGAGAAAUCUGGUCCACUUGUAGAGUUGCAAGCUAAAUUGGAUGCCUUGAAGAACAGAGAACAAUAUUCUGUGCAUUCUGUAAAGCAAAGAAGAUUACUGGAUACAUUUGCUGACUCUAUUCUCAAUGUCAACCGCAUAUAUAACAGAAUGUUUGGUUACAUAACUCGCAAGGUUCCUGCUCACAUGCCUCAUAUGAUUGACAAAAAUAUUAUGGCAGAGCUUCAAAACCUUUUUCCUGAACAGUGGGCUAUCACGUCAUCACAUAAAGUGCGCAGCUCAAAUGAUAUGCAGUUUGCAUUUGCCUACUUCUACUAUUUAAUUGGUGUGAAAGAAAACAUAACUGCCGAACAAAUCUUUGAUGAAAUGGACACAGAUUCAUCAGGUAUUCUCUCGGAUCGUGAAAUCAGAACUUUAGCUACAAGAUUGUUUGAUCUUCCAUUAGACUUAAAUACAUUGCUGAAACUUGAAAAUAUUUUUAUAAACUGCUCAAAAUCAUUUUCAUCAUCAUCAUCAGAAUCAUCACCAUCUUCAGUACUGUCAUCAAAAAAUAAAAGUAAAGUAAGAGAUUCAACUGAAAAAUACUAUGAAAUCAAUAUGGUAAGUAGUUAUUUUAAGUAAUAUUAUAUUUACACU